GCUGUGGUGCCUGGGAGCUGCGCUAGAGCUGUCCGGGUUGGAAACAAGUGCAGGGCGGUGAGGGACGAUGAGCCUACCAGGGAAAAGCCAUGAGCGACAGCAGGAGGAGGAAGGGGAUGACGAGGACGAUGAUAUAAUGGGGGUGUCGGAUUAUGGAGAUGGAGACAGCUUCAUGGAUGGGGAGCGAGGAAGUGAAGGAGAUGACGAAGUUUUGGAUUUUACUGAUCCCUUCAGCACAGAGGUUAAGCCAAGAAUUCUGUUGAUGGGCCUAAGAAGAAGUGGAAAAUCUUCAAUUCAAAAGGUGGUCUUUCAUAAAAUGUCACCAAAUGAAACACUCUUCUUAGAAAGCACAAACAAGAUCUGCAGAGAAGAUGUCUCCAAUAGCUCAUUUGUAAACUUUCAGAUUUGGGACUUCCCAGGGCAGAUUGAUUUCUUCGACCCAACAUUUGACUAUGAGAUGAUUUUCAGAGGAACAGGGGCACUAAUAUUUGUAAUUGAUUCACAGGAUGAUUACAUGGAAGCACUGGCCAGAUUACACUUGACCGUGACAAGUGCAUACAAAGUAAACCCAGACAUCAACUUUGAGGUUUUUAUUCAUAAAGUUGAUGGCCUGUCAGAUGAUCACAAGAUAGAAACACAAAGAGAUAUCCAUCAGAGAGCAAACGAUGACCUUGUAGAUGCAGGACUGGAGAAGAUCCAUUUGAGCUUUUAUCUCACCAGCAUAUAUGAUCAUUCAAUAUUUGAAGCUUUCAGCAAAGUGGUACAAAAACUAAUUCCACAACUUCCAACCUUGGAGAAUCUUCUGAACAUCUUUAUAUCAAACUCUGGGAUCGAGAAGGUUUUCCUGUUUGACGUGGUUAGUAAAAUCUAUAUAGCCACAGACAGUUCUCCAGUGGACAUGCAGACCUACGAACUAUGUUGUGAUAUGAUUGACGUGGUUAUUGACAUCUCCUGCAUCUAUGGGCUGGAAGGAGCUGGGACUCCAUAUGACAAGGAAUCACUGGCAAUCAUAAAACUAAACAACACUACAGUGCUGUACUUAAAGGAGGUGACAAAGUUCUUAGCUCUUGUUUGCUUUGUACGAGAAGAGAGUUUCGAGAGAAAAGGGUUGAUAGACUACAAUUUCCAUUGCUUUCGAAAGGCUAUUCAGGAGGUGUUUGAAGUGAGGGUUAAAGUACUGCGAUCUCGAAAACACCAGAGUCAGACAAAGAAGAGCAGGAGAGCAACUCCCAAUGGAACACCAGGAGUGCCAUUAUAGGCAUGGAGAGGAGCAGAAUGCAAAUGAUGAAACAUAAAACUUAUCUUCCUGCACUAAUGGUCAAGCACACUUAACAGUUCAGUUAAUUACUCACUUUGCCAGUUUUAUUACUUGUCUUUGGCCCAAAAA